GUAUCUGAAGUUAUCCCCCCACUUGCAAUAUUUCCAGAAAAUAGCAACAAAACCCUGGUGGUUCAGAGAGCAAAAGGAAAAGAAAAAGAGAGAUGGCAGGAGAAGAGGCGACAACAAGCUCUGGAACAACACUCGAAAGAACUCCAACGUGGGCUGUGGCUACUGUUGUCUUCGUCUUGAUUUUGAUCUCCAUUUUUAUUGAACAUAUGCUCCAUCUUCUGGCUAAGUAUUUCAAUAAGAAAAGGAGGAAAUCUCUUAUUCAGGCUCUUGACAAGAUCAAAUCCGAACUGAUGCUGCUGGGGUUCAUAUCAUUGUUGUUAACUGUGACUGAAAAGCAAAUUGCAAAUAUUUGCAUCCCAAAGAACGUAGGUGAAAGUUUUCUCCCCUGCAGUGAUUAUUCAAAUGAUAGCGAGGAAGAAGCCAAAUGCGAAGAGCAGGGAAAGGUCUCAUUGUUGUCAAGACAAGGUGUGAGGGAACUUCAAUACCUAAUCUUUGUGCUGGCUUUCUUCCAUUGUUUGUCAUCCGUCCUCACGUUCAGUCUUGGCAUGGCCAAGAUGAGGAGGUGGGAAUCUUGGGAGGCAGAAACAAGAACAUUAGAGUAUCAAUUCUCAAAUGAUCCACGGAGGUUCCAACUUAUCCAUCAAACAUCAUUUGCAAGGCGACAUCUGAGAUUUUGGAGUGAACACAGGUUUCUUCGUUGGCCGGCAUGUUUUCUUCGACAGUUCUAUGCAUCUGUCUCCAAGGUGGACUACUUCACGCUUAGACAUGGGUUCAUCACGGCUCAUUUUGCAGAGGGAAGCAACUUUGACUUCCAAAAAUACAUAAAAAGAGCAUUGGAAAAGGACUUUGGAGUGGUUGUGGGAAUAAGCCUCUGGAUAUGGAUCUUCUCAAUGUUCUUCAUAUUCUUCAAUGCACAUGGUUUUCAUAAUUAUCUCUGGCUCCCUUUUAUUCCACUAUUGAUGUUGUUGCUGGUGGGAACACAACUGCAAGGCAUCAUAACUAAGAUGUGUCUGGAUAGCCAUGAGAAAUCUCAGGUUGUGAGAGGAACUUUUCUUGUUAGGCCUAGUGAUCAUUUCUUCUGGUUUGGCUGGCCCAAAUUGCUUCUCCACAUCAUGCACUUCAUCCUGUUUCAGAACUCCUUUCAACUAGCAUUCUUCACUUGGACUUGGUACAAAUUUGGGUUCAGAUCAUGCUUCCACAGAAAGACUGAAGACAUUGUCAUAAGAGUAGCAAUGGGAGUUUUGGUUCAAAUCCUUUGCGGCUAUGUAACCCUGCCUCUGUAUGCUUUGGUCACACAGAUGGGGACAUCGAUGAAGAAAGCUGUCUUUCCAGAAACUGUCGUGGAAGGUCUAAACAGAUGGCGAGCCAAUGCUAGGAAAAACGUUGCGGUCAGAAAUAACACCUCGCCGUGGCCUUCACUCGAGACCUCGCCUUCCUUUGGGACUUCACUUUCUUUCAGCCCGGACGCGUCUUAUUCUGUAAAAUAUGAGCAGCCAAUAUCGAAUUCUGAUCAGUACCUUCCGGUUGAGAUACAAGAGAUACAAGAUGAAGGAAAGGAAAGCAUAAGCAGAGAAACAGAGGAGCAUCAAAAGGGAGCUUCCUUCGGUGGUUUUGAUGUGAGAAAUGUAAAUAAUGAAAAGCAUGAUUAUUAAUCGGCCAUUGUUGAUGUACUGUUGUUAGAGUAAUUUCUUUGUAGUAUGAUCAUUUUGAUGGACGAGCCAAGGAAACAGUAUGAGGGUUUUCUUCUAA